AUGAGAAAGUUACUUCAGAUAAGAUACGAAAAAGUCAUAGAAAAGGUUAAAGAAAAAGGUGUUAAGGGGUAUGAACAAUUUAAGCAUCUCUUGGAGCUGGCGCGUCAAGAACAUUUGGUGAAAUAUUUGACAAAUCAGGAAUCUGUCAUACAGAAGGAACUUCAGGAUGAGACAGCCAAACAAGAGAGAAUCAAGAAACAAAUUGCUGCUCUAGGGAGAAGAGCCGCCACAAAUGAGGACUUAAAUUACAUUUCACAGUGUAUUGGUUCAAACUGGGAAAUACUAGGACCACCCCUUCUCAAGAAUAAAUCAACGGUUACAAUAGAACAUAUAAAAGAGGAUCACAGAUCAUGUCAGCAACGUGUGUAUAACUUACUUCUAAUGUGGCGUCAACAGACUGAUGACCAGUCACUGGCUCAUUUGUUUCAUUUGAUGUAUAAAGCGGGUACAUCUGUCACUAUUGAUUGGAAUGAAAUUGCACACAAACUCAAGAUUGAAAGAAGGGAUAUUCAGGCAUGUAAAGAAUAUCAACAUCAAGAACAAGAAACAAAGCAGCAGCAAGAUUCAGGUCAAGAAUACCAAAGUCAAGUACAUGCACAAGAAACAAAGCAGCAGCAAGAUUCAGACUUAAACAGACGUUCAACUUCUUCAUUUGUUGAUUCCAAAAAGUCUCUAAAGGAUUCCUGUAUAUUUGAUGGUCGAUUGAUGCUACUUGAUAGCAACCAGGUCAAUGAUUUGGAAGCUUCAUUAGAUAAAGAGCCUAUAGGACGAGGUAGAAUUGGUUUUGUGUAUCGUAGCAACAAUCCGGACAUAUUUGGCAUCCCUGUGGUCGUGAAGAAGAUAAAUACAAAGGGUGAUUCGAAAAUUGAAAGCCAAGUCAGAAGGGAGAAAAUUGCGUGUAGACUGAUGAACCCAUUUAUACUCCCACUUCUAGCUGUUGUUGAGAAGUCAAAUGAGACAAAUGAGUAAGCUGAAAAUUAAUGU